CUUUAGUCUCAUUUGGGUAUGGACGCUCCCUCGCGAACUCGCCAGAUCCAGGUCGCACGGCGCGACAACCUCACUCUCCUUUCUCAAAAAUUAACCUUCCGUCACCGUGACUCUUUUAAUCUGGCUACCGGAGGGUUGGGGUUUGGGGAUUCUCGCCGUCACCCACCCUGAAAACGAUGCUGCCGCCGCGUGAACCAGUGGCCAUCGUAGGGAGCGCCUGUCGUUUCCCCGGCGGUGCUGACAAUCCCCCAAAACUCUGGGCCCUAUUAUCGCAGCCCCGAGACGUCAGUAGGCGAAUACCGGCGGAACGCUUUGCCGUGGAUGGCUUUUGGCAUCAGGAUAGUUCACACCAUGGCACCUCGAAUAUCGCUCACUCGUACUUCCUGGACGAGGAUCCACGGAGGUUCGACGCCAACUUCUUCAACAUCAACCCGCGCGAGGCGGUGGCGAUGGAUCCCCAGCACCGUCUGCUCCUCGAAACCGUCUACGAGUCGUUAGAGUUUGCGGGACUAUCGCUCGAGUCUCUGCGGGGAACGCCAACCGGCGUGUACGUUGGUCUCAUGUGUGCCGACUAUUACGAUGUUCAGGCUCGGGAUCCCGAGUCUCUUCCCCAGUACAACGCCACCGGCACCGCUCGGAGUAUCCUGUCGAAUCGAGUGUCGUAUUUCUUCGAUUGGAAAGGCCCCUCUCUCACCGUGGAUACCGCUUGUUCAUCGAGUCUCGUUGCCGUUCAUCAGGCAGUCCAGGCUCUUCGUCAAGGAGAGUGCACGGCUGCCGUCGCAGCCGGUGCCAACUUGAUCUUUGGCCCCGAGAUGUUUAUUGCAGAAUCCAAACUGCAUAUGCUUUCCCCAACGGGCCAGUCGCGCAUGUGGGACGCAAAUGCUGACGGCUACGCAAGAGGUGAAGGGAUCGGCGUCGUGGUUCUCAAGCUUCUGAAGGACGCGAUUCGAGAUGGAGAUACCGUCGAGUGUGUCAUUCGGGAGACGGCUGUGAAUUCGGAUGGACGGACAAAUGGCAUCACGAUGCCGUCCGCUGAAAGCCAAGCUGAUCUUAUCAGACAGACUUACCUAAAGGCUGGAUUGGAUCCGUCAAAGGAGUCCGAACGAUGUCAGUAUUUCGAGGCUCACGGAACGGGGACGCCUGCAGGUGACCCUAUUGAAGCGGAAGCCAUCAAGUCCGUUUUUUUCCCCCGUGCAACGGGUCUAAGUGAAAACCAAGAGAAUACCCUUUACGUUGGCUCCAUCAAGACAGUAGUGGGCCAUACCGAGGGAACGGCUGGUAUUGCUGGCCUUUUGAAAGCAUCACUGGCACUUCAGAACAAGACCAUUCCACCGAAUAUGCAUUUCAGCCGCCUGAACCCCAGCAUUUUACCGUUCUACAACAACCUGCAGGUCCCAGUUGCGCCUGAAGCCUGGCCUGAAGGAGAAGUAUAUCGUGCCUCGGUGAACAGCUUUGGAUUUGGAGGCACAAAUGCACAUUGUAUCCUUGAACGUUACGAUUCAUCCCUGCACGGUGGUUCAAGUUUGUGCAAAUCGUGUCAAACGGACACUGUUUCAGAGUGCCAAGACGACUUUGUACUCUUGCCCUUUUCCGCAUAUUCAGAGAAGUCAUUAUCAUUGUUGGUUGAUUCAUAUAUUGCCUAUCUAGAGAGCAACCCUUCCACUGAUUUAGGAUCAUUUGCACACACGCUACAGCGUCGCUCUAUCUUUCCAUCCCGAGAUUAUGUCACUGGAUUUUCAAGAGACCAGAUCCUGGUGCAGCUGCAGGACCUAAAAGCGGGUGCGGAAAGACCAGGAAAAAGCCUAGAUAGCAGCAAUACUUCGCAGUCCGGGGGCCGAGGCCGUAUCCUUGGAGUAUUCACUGGCCAGGGUGCGCAAUGGCCGACGAUGGGCCGUGACCUGAUCUCGAGAUCGCAUGUCUUCUCUUCUACAAUUGACCACCUAGACGAUACUUUGAGCCAAAUUCCUGAAUCGCCUGACUGGUCCCUUCGACAGCAGUUACAAGCCGACAAGCACGAUUCAAGAUGUAACGAAGCCGCCUAUUCCCAGCCACUCUGCACAGCCAUACAGAUCGCUCUGGUAGAUUUCUUGCGGAGUAUUGACAUCCAAUUCUCAGUCGUCAUUGGACACAGUAGCGGAGAGAUUGCAGCGGCAUACGCUGCUGGCUGCUUAACACCUGAGGCGGCAAUAACAAUCGCCUAUUACAGGGGGCUCUACUCGAAACGGAAAGAACCAGAAGUCGAACCUGCACUUGGAAUGAUGGCAGUGGGUGUGAGCUUCUCCGAGGCUCGCAGAAUCUGUAAGCGUUCAGGAUAUUCAAAUCGAAUUUUUGCUGCCGCCAGCAACGCACCCCUUUCAACAACAAUUUCCGGAGAGAGAUCGGUCUUGGAAAAGGUAUUGGAAGAGCUCCAGGAGAGGGAGACUUUUGCACGUAUGCUUCACGUUGACAAGGCAUACCAUUCGCCUUUCAUGGAGGUCUGUGCACAGCCGUAUCUUGAGUCCCUACGACAGUGUGAGAUUGAAUACACUGCGGCGCAGCCUUUAUGUACAUGGAUAUCCUCCGUGCAUGGUUUCGAAAUGGAUUCAAGCUCCGACAAAGUCGACAAUAAUUAUUGGGUACAGAAUCUGCUGCAACCAGUACUCUUCUCCAAUGCUCUGGAGCAAGCGAUUAGAGAUCAUGGACCAUUUGAUGCUGGCAUUGAAAUUGGUCCUCAUGCAGCGCUGGCAGGGCCAACGUCGCAGGUUUUCAAAAACAUGAAACAACCUCCAAUCCCCUAUUACGGAACUUUGAAACGCGGCGAGAAUGAUAUCGUGGCCAUUGGUACUUGCGUGGGCAAUCUGUGGACGACCCUGAGUUCUUCUGCUGUUAGCCUAAGCAAGUUCCAGACCGCCAUCAACGGUAGCACACACCACAACUUCCGUAUGCUGAAGGAUCUUCCGACUUAUCCAUGGGACCAUGAUGCCGUGUACUGGAAAGAGACUCGUAUUUCAAAGGAAUACAGGGGUCGCCAGCAACCACAUGAGCUCUUGGGUCCGUGUCUCGAGAAAUCUGAACAUCAGGUACGAUGGCGCAAUGUUCUACAUCCACACGAGAUACCUUGGUUGCAGGACCACAAGUUACAAGGCGAUAUUUUGUUUCCUGCGGCUGGUUACUGUGUCAUGGCUGUGGAGGCUGCGUUGAGCUCGUGGGAGCAGCCAUAUCAGUUGAUCGAGCUGUAUGACCUCGAUAUUCGACGUGGCAUAAGUCUCGACGAGGGCUCUGCUGGAAUAGAAGUCAUCUCUUAUUUGAGUCGGGACACCUCUGGGAAUGCAAAUGCCUCUGAUGUGGAAUUUUCAUGCUGCGCCGGCAAGAUUGAUGGAACAGAUCCCUUGAGUAUCAGGUUUAUCGCGAGAAUUCGAGUUCAACUGGGAAGCCCUGAUGUCACAUUGCUUCCUCAUAAGACACAUGAUUACUCGGAAUUGUCUGCGGUAGAUAUUGACCGCUUCUAUAAGACAAGUGUUGGCUUGGAGUAUACUGGAGUGUUCAGGGGUCUUCUAGGCGCGGAAAGAAGGAUGUGUCAGACUUCGGCACGAGUGGUUGGGCUCCAAAGCUCGUUCCCCAUACACCCAGCCUCUCUCGAUUCCUGUUUUCAAGCCCUUUUUAUUGCCUUUGCAGCGCCAGGUGAUGAGAGUGUCCGAACUCCUUUUCUCCCCAGGAGAGCGAAGUCCAUGACAUUAAACCCUCACCUUUUGCAAGCAUUCUCUGGAGGAGACCAGCUACUCUACGUCGAUGCCUACAUUACUCAUUUCUGCGCCCCCACCCAAGACUCGCCCUCUGCUUUUACCGGUGACAUUGAGAUCUACAACCAAGACGGCAGCUGUCUUGUUCAAAUAGAAGGAUUCAGCUGCGUGGCCCUCGCUGACUACUCAACGGAGCAUGACAGACAUCUCUUCCACACAACUGUCUGGGACCAAGACAUUUCUUUUGACAUGGUGGUCUCUGAUUACAGGUUUCCUAACGAUCGUUAUCUAACUUCGCUGGCGGAAUGCGAAAGGCUCGCCCAUGACUUUUUCCAGAUCAAUGAGUGCAUCACGCCGACAUCAGAGACCGUCGUUGACGGGGAUCUGGCAGGGUUUGAGGUUAGCGAUUCAAGUACUCUGGACAUCAAAUUAAUUCAAGCUGCUCGAAACGCCUCUCUCGUGUCUGACGAAGACCGACAUCAGCAAUUUAUCACGGCGCGGGAUCGGUACUUGGAAUCUAGUUUUGGGGCCUGUCGCAUACGAGACCACAUCGCGCGCACUGUUAAGCAAAUUGCACAUAAGUUUGCUCGCAUGAAGAUCCUUGAGCUUUUUGCCGGCAAUGGGGCUACGACAGAGCUUGUUCUGGACUCACUACAAGACGCCUUUACGUCGUAUUUGCUGACGGACCCAUCUCCAGAGACUGUACGGGUUGCGCAAGCUGGACUGACAUCGCGAGGCGAUAAGCUGCAGUACAUGGCUCUGGAUAUCGUUAAUUUGCCUCCAGAGCAGUAUGAAGCUCAUACAUAUGACCUCAUAAUUGCGAAUACCUUUCCUUGCAGCCUUGAUGAUGCAUGUUCAUCACUAGAAAAUGCCCGCCAGUUGUUGAAACCGGGAGGCAUCUUACUCUUGGCCGGAGUGACCGGCAUGUCAUUUUUCGGAUGCUUUGUUCGUGACCAUGUUCACGAUUUAGCCCUGACUGAUGAGGAAUAUGGGGGAUCUUUGGUCCGUUCCGAAAGAGAUUGGGACAUAGUACUGGAGGAUUGUGGAUUCUCCGGAGUGGACUCCAUAGCCUACGAUACCGCCGAGCCUUCAUCACAUUGUCACUCGCUGAUGAUUUCCAGAGCUCAAGGGGCUCCCUUUGAGACGGUCUAUCGGCCCCUGGAAGUGGCGAGCAUGGCCCCGUUGGAGGAUAGCAUUCUUAUUAUCGGCGGCAACUCGUUCCUCGGAGCUCGUCUAAUAGGCGAACUUCAAUGGCAUCUCAACCCCUGGAGCAACAACAUCUCUCAUGCCCUGUCCGUUGAUGACAUAUUGCGCGGAAGAAUCCGGGUUCCAGCGUACGUGUUGAACCUGGAAGAGUUAGACGAGCCAGUGUUUAAGGACAUGACCCCGACCAAGUUUCGCGCCCUUCAAAACCUUUUCCAGCAGUCUAAGAAUGUUUUCUGGGUGACCGAAGGCUACAAACAGGCCGAUGCCUAUAGUGCCAUGACUGUUGGGCUUGGUCGAGUAGUGGCAACCGAGUCGCCGAGUUUGAACCUCACCUUCCUCGAUAUUGACAGUCCGAAGGCACUGGAAUCCUCAAUCCUGGCGGUUCUAUUUGCGCAGUUUGUGCAGGGAGCUGAAGCAUGUGUGGAAGAGAAUCAGGUUCUCUGGGCUCAAGAGCGUGAAAUGGCAAUCGAAAAUGGCCAUCUUUAUAUUCCACGGAUUGUUCAUGCAAAGGAUAUGAAUGAUCGAUUCAACUCGAGAUACCGGCCUAUUACAAAGGGUCUGUCACUGGGAAUAUCUUCGGCUCAGAAAUUGGUUCAAUCUCACUCCUUGGAAGACAACAACGAGUCUCCCGUUGCCGUGAAGGUGAUUGCAUGCUCAUCAAUGGCAUUCAGAAUCUAUGAUGGUACGUGUGUUUAUCUAUGCAUUGGUAUGAUGGAACAGGAAGGGCACGAAGCCAUGACCCUUGCUUUCACAUCGUCUCAAGGACAGCUUAUCACUGCCAACAAUCAAUUCAUGCUGGAUGACACCAUUGAUGAGGACUCGGCCCCUACUGUCCUGAAACUCCUAACUGCCUUGCUUGUUGCCACUAGGCUGCACGAAUCUACCAAAUAUGGAACAAGCGUCAUUUUCACCAACGAUCCCGUGCUAGCGAAUGUGCUUUCCUUGUUUCUGAAAGAGCGCGCGCCGCUCAUGAGACUGGCUACUUCUGAUAAAGCCCUUGCCAAGAUUGGCGGAUCAACUAUCUACUUGCACCCACAUGCGACCCUAAGAAACCUUCGACAGAUCCUUCCAGCGGACAUUUCAUUGCUUAUAAAUCUUGAACCUAAUCCAACAUCGCUAUGUGAACGUCUUUUUGAGGCCAUUCCGGAGGCAUGUGCUACGAUUGACUCGCAAUGCUACUUUUCACGACGAGCAACUCCGUCAUCAAACUGUCUGAGCAAAUCAUCUUCAACAAUGGCCGUGCUGGAAUUACUCUGGAGUGACUAUCUGUCCAAUGAUAAGGCGCUUGGAGAAUUCGUCAAUACAGACAGCCUUGAGACCACGACAGUAUGUGCAGUAGAACGGUUCACGGACACCAGGAUUGAAUAUCAAGUGGAACGUUUGGAUCCAAAAGAGUUCCUUCGCAGCGAUGCAACUUACUUCCUGGUUGGAAUGACGGGUGAGCUUGGCGAGUCACUCUGCCGGUGGAUGGUUUCAAAUAAUGUCCGACAUAUUGCCAUCGCCAGCCGAUCCCCAAAGCCGGCUCGGUGGCACCAGGAGCUGAGGUCUCAAGGUUGCCAACUGAUGGUCCUGAGCCUAGACGUGUGUAACGGACCUGAAUUGCAAAAUGCUCACGAUCAAAUCGUUAAAUCAAUGCCGCCAAUCCUCGGCGUUGUCAACGGCGCUAUGGUGCUGGCAGAUGCUGCAUUCUUCAAGAUGACCUUUGAAGAUUUUAUUCGUGUCCUGAGGCCAAAGGUAGAGGGAAGCGCCAGGCUGGACGAGCUUUUCUCCGAUCCGGUUCUGGAUUUCUUCAUCAUGCUAUCGUCUACAGCCUCACUAAUUGGGAAUGCCGGUCAAAGCAAUUACUCUGCAGCAAAUAUGUACAUGAAAGCAAUUGCCGAACAACGACGUCAACGGGGCUUGGUCGGAUCAUGCGUUGACAUUGGUAUGGUCCUAGGUCUUGGGGUUGUAUCCCGAAAGAAGACGCAUGAAGAACAUUUGCGCAGGGCAGGCUUGAUGGCGAUCGCGGAGCCUGACUUUCACUGCAUCUUCACAGAGGCUAUCCGUGUCGGUCAAACAACUGCCCUGGAGUCUCCUUGCUUCUCAACUGGCCUGCACGUUCCUCCUGGUCAGGUCAGACCACCGUGGUAUCGUGACCCCAAAUUUGCGCAUUUCCAAGUGGUCGGAGACUUUGAUUCGGCUACCGAGAAGUCCAACAUAAAGAUUCCACUGCAAGAAAAAUUUGAUGUUUUUAGUGAUCUGGCCCUUGUUGAAUCCAUUAUUCAAGAGGCGUUCAUGGAAAUGUUGCAGGGAUUACUCCAAUUGUCUGCCCCCAUUGCAAACCCCACGAGGCCUCUAAUUGAGCUUGGAAUCGACUCGUUGCUCGCCAUUGAGAUUAGGAGCUGGCUUCAAACUGAGCUGAAAUUCCAGGUCUCAAUUCUCAAGGUCCUUGGGGGAAUAUCGCUUACCAACUUGUGCCGAGAAGCUGCGGAGUAUGCUUUUGCAAGAUCAGUUGCCGUUCCGAAAGAUACCGAGCGUAUACUAGAAGAGCCCUUGGACCGAGAGCCAGAUAUCACUUCAGUGUACUGGAAUGACAAGGGGGUAUCGGAUACGUUGUCAUACAUAUCCAAGCCUCGAGAUACAUUCACUACUCAAACCGCAUCACUCACGAGCUACACGGUUGAGACAACUCCUCUAGUCACUGUCUAUGUCCAAGAUACAGACCCGAUAGCCCUCGAGCAUCAGAUGGAUUCUUCUCUGGAGCGAACUGAGCCACUUUCCAUCGAACAGGAAAAGAUGUGGUUCAUGCUUAACUCCAUCGACGACCCGACAAUGUAUAAUUGCACUAUUCAGUACGAGAUACACGGCCAUCUGGAUAAGGAGCGGCUAGAAUCUGCUGUAACGACGGUGGCAAGGAGGCAUGAAUCACUGCGAACAGCUUUCAUUUCCGAAGCACCGGAUGGAAUACCCAACCAGGCAAUUUUGAAAGAUCCAAGAGUGCUCUGGACGGAAAUCAACAGUACGGACCCCUUGGAAGUACCUAAGGAGUUUAUCAAUCAUCAAAGCCGCUUGUUCAACCUGGUCGAAGGAGAGACGAUGGCUAUCUCUGUGAUUUCACAGAGCGAGGACUACCAUGUGAUUAUAUUCAGCCACCACCAUCUUGCCAUGGAUGGAGUUAGUUGGCAAUUGGUGCUUCGCGAGUUCGCCGCUGCAUACAUGGACCCCAAGUCUCUUCCACCCGUUGCCGCUCAAUAUGCGACAUUCGCCAACGAGCAGCGGCGAGCGGCUCAAUUAGUUGCUCAAGAAGAUAGAAAGACACACGGUGGUCUUUGCUCCAACGAAGUGCCAUCCCCUCUCCCUCUAUUCCCUUUCACCAAGUCAAGCUUCCGGUUGGCACAGACAACCUAUGAGAUGACUCGCAAGCACUACCGUCUAGACGUGGACACCUCGAACAAGAUCAGACAGGCCAGCUCGCGUAUUGGAACCACGGCAUUUCAGUUUCAUCUGGCCGCAAUACAGUUGUUCCUACAGCAAAUCCUCCAGGUUGAUAGAUUCUGUAUUGGGAUUGCGAAUGCCAACCGGGAUGAUUCUCGGUUCGAAAAGGUUGUGGGUUUGUUGGUGGAGAUUCUGCCGCUCAUUUUCGAACCGCGGAAGAAUCAGACGUUCUCAAGUCUGGCCCAAGAGACCCGGUCCAGGGUUUUAGACGCGUUGAGCCAUUCCGCGAGCGCGAUUCAAGCGACCAUAUCCUCCCACAAGGACAUUUCGGACACUGAAGUGCAUACCCCCUUGUACCAGGUCAUGGUCAACUACAUCGCUGGAGUCACGCAUGAUGUUGUGUUUGACAAUUCAGUCUUGCAGUACUUGACAUCAGAUGAUGCUCGUCAGCCCCAAGAUUUGGUGAUCACCAUCCUGGAGGAUGUUGACGGCACGACGCUUUUAUCCUUUCGGGCACAGGAUUAUCUCUAUGACGGCGCAGAUGUCCAGCUUUUGGUGUCUCUAUACUCCCGUUUGAUCCAAACUUUGUCCCAGAACCAAGAACGCCCGUUGAUGGAUUAUAAUUUUUUGAACUCAUCCGAGCUGGUGUCAGAGCAGCAUCUCGGAAACGGAUCAGAGUUGGACUGUCCUUGGUCAGGAGGCCUCUUGAGACGCAUAUACACUAUGGCAGAGCAAUAUCCCGAUUUUGUUGCCCUGAAAGACCAAUUCGGAGCGAGUCUCACCUAUCGGGCCAUGAUUUUGAGGGUAGGGUCCAUCAUGGCGAUUCUCUCCGAGGCUGGUGCAAGACCAGAUGACUUCAUUGUGGUGGCCUGCGGGGCCUCUGUCGAUGCAGUGUGCUCCUUGCUCGGAAUCUGGGCAAUGGGUGCUAUAUAUGUGCCAGUUGACCUGGACCAUGGUGUCGAACGACUUGCAGUGAUUGUGGAUGAUUGCCAUCCCUCCGCAAUUUUGUGCAGAGAUGCAAGUUCGGUGCGAUAUUUACAGCACGAUAACGAUCUCAGCAUUAUCGAACUCAACGACGAUCUUCUGGCUAGCGUUUCAACGAACUUUUAUGGUGCCAACGGAGGAGACACGGCCGUUUUACUCUACACCAGUGGAACGACUGGUAAGCCGAAGGGGGUUUUACUCAGCCACGAGAAUUUGCAGUGCCACAUCCAAGCCGUCGAGCAAGAAUUUGAAUUCGGUAGACCGGUGGUGUUACAACAGAGCUCUCAUAUAUUUGACGCGUCAAUUUUUCAGAUGCUGACCUCCCUGGUGCAUGGCGGAACGCUGGUCAUGACGAACAGCCGAAGCGACCCAUUGGAGAUUGCAUAUCUGAUCCUGAACGAGGUCAUUACCUUGACAUUGGCGGUACCCUCGGAGUAUUCCCUUUGGAUAUCAGAAGCAGGUCAGAUCCUCGAUAAAUGCUCAUCAUGGCGGCAUGCCGUUUCUGGUGGCGAAAAGAUGGGCUAUGCGACAACUCAGGCGUUCGCAGGACUCGGCCUCUCCGAUCUGACUUUGAUCAAUGCCUACGGCCCCUGCGAGAUCUCGAUCGCCUGUACAAUGGGUAUCAUACCAUACAAGCAGAUUCAAAGUGACGCUGAUUCCUUGCAUGCUGGGCGGCCUUUACCGUGUUACAAUCUCAUAAUUCUCGAUGAACGACUGAGGCCAGUACCAGCUGGAUGGCCGGGUGAGAUCUGCGUUGGUGGGUCCGCUCUUGCAAAGGGCUAUCUGAAUCGCGAGCAUGAAACAAACAAGCGCUUCAUAGACCUAGACGGUUUGAGACUGUAUCGGACCGGCGACUAUGGUCGGAUACUGAGCGAUGGUAACCUUGAAUAUCGGGGACGCAUCUCCGGUGAUUCUCAGAUCAAGCUUCGUGGCAUGCGCAUUGAGCUAGAUGAGAUCUCUAAUGCUAUCAUGCAAUCGUCAAAAGGGACCCUAACGGACGCCGCAACCAUUGCCAAGGGCGACAGCGAUAAUCAAUAUCUUGUCACGUUCAUCGUGUUUGCUCAUGCUCUUCGACCUGCCGAUACCGAUGGCUUCAUCAAGACACUCCUCGGAGCUUUGCCUCUGCCUGCCUAUGCAAAGCCAGCAAUAAUUAAUCCCAUUGAACAUAUCCCUCUCACGGGACGUGGCAAGGUUGACAGAAAGGCGCUUGACCAAUUACCACUUAAGCAUAUCUUCCGUCAGUCGACCGAGGUCACCGGACUUGGUAUCAUUGAGGUGAAGCUCAAAGAGUUGUGGGAGGAGUAUCUUCCGGUCACCGACACCCUCAUCACCAAACAGUCGAAUUUCUUCGAACUGGGCGGCAACUCGCUUCAUUUGCUGAAGCUUCAGGCGCGAAUCCGACAAAUUACGAACGCGAAGGUCCCGAUAGCAAGUCUUUUCAAGGCAUCCACAUUCGAAGAAAUGGCUAUUCUCAUUGGAAUGACCACGAGUGCCCAACGCGCCAAAACUUCCAUUGAUUGGGAUGUGGAGACGACGAUUCCUGAAGACCUCGAUCGAGCAGAGUCCAAAGGUCUAUCGACUGAGGUGAAAGAGGUCAUCCUCACCGGGGCCACUGGCUCCUUUGGGAAAGCCCUUCUUCGGCAGUUGGUCGAAGAUCCAUCAAUCGAGCGGAUCCAUUGCAUCGCCGUUCGGUCAUCCGAUGAUGGUUCGCCUAGACAGCUUUGCGUUCAAUCUCCAAAGAUCCACCUGUACAGUGGUGACCUCGCUCAUACUACCCUAGGUUUGAGUGCAAAAGACAUAUCAUCUUUGACUGCGACCGUUGAUUGCAUCAUCCACAACGGCGCUGAUGUGUCCUUCCUCAAGCCAUACGCCUCGCUUCGAGCCGCGAACGUCUUAUCGACCAAAUUCCUAUUUGGACUUUGCCUUCCUCGUCGCAUCCCAUUUCACUAUAUCUCCACUGCAGGGAUAGCAAGCCUGUCCCGUCAGAGCAUGUUCCCGGAGCGGUCGCUUUCCGAUUUCCCACCGGCUUCGAAUGCCGCUUCCGCACUGACAGCGGGAUACUCAGCAUCUAAAUGGGCGAGCGAAGUGUUUCUUGAGAAAGCAAGCGCAAAAUUCGGCACUGCAGUCCACAUCCAUCGGCCCAGCAGCAUCACCAGUCCCGAAAUGCCCAGAACGAAUGUGAUAGGAACAGUGUUCGCGCUUAGCCGAGAGAUGAAGGCCGUCCCCGCCACGGACCACUGGGAAGGGUAUUUUGACUUGAUCAGCGAACAACGAGCCGCUCGUCAGAUUCUUGACAGCGUUUCCCGCGCAACGACCGACGAAGACGCCGGGGUUCGCUUCUCGCAUGUCUGCGGCGAGACUCGAUUCGACGUCAGAGAAUUGAAGGCGUACAUGCAGUCCACGGAGGGGGGUGCUUUUCAGAAGCUGCCGUGGAAGCAGUGGGUCGAUCGAGCUCGAUCAUUCGGCCUCGACCCGAUGGUCUCUGCUUAUUUGGAGAAUUUUGGCAAUGCCGGUACGAGGAUGUUGUUGCCUUGGCUUCUUCAUUCAUCGGAUGGGAUUUGAUACCACAAUUGGAGAUAUGUUUAUAUAGUUUUGUUAUUGUUGUAUUUAUUCUUGAUAUUUUUUUGUUUUAAUGAUG